AUGUCAUUAAAGUUUCUCAAGUGUGAAGGAGAAAACUUAAGUGAAGGUGAUGACUGGCUGUCUGGGGGCACCUCAGGUCAUGUCUGGCUCUCUGGGGGCACCUCAGGUCAUGACUGGCUCUCUGGGGGCCCCUCAGGUGAUGACUGGCUCUCUGGGGGCACCUCAGAUGAUGACUGGCUGUCUGGGGGUACCUCAGGUCAUGACUGGCUCUCUGGGGGCACUUCAGUUCAUGACUGGCUCUCUGGGGGCACCUCAGGUCAUGACUGGCUCUCUGGGGGCACCUCAGGUCAUGACUGGCUGUCUGGGGGCACCUCAGGUGAUGACUGGCUCUCUGGGGGCACCUCAGGUCAUGACUGGCUCUCUGGGGGCACCUCAGGUGAUGACUGGCUCUCUGGGGACACCUCAGGUGAUGGCUGUCUCUCUGGGGGCACCUCAGGCCAUGACUGGCUCUCUGGGGGCACCUCAGGUGAUGACUGUCUCUCUGGGGGCAACUCAGGUGAUGACUGGCUCUCUGGGGGCACCUCAGGUGAUGACUGGCUCUCUGGGGGCACCUCAGGUGAUGACUGGCUCUCUGGGGGCACCUCAGGUCAUGACUGGCUCUCUGGGGGCACCUCAGGUCAUGACUGUCUCUCUGGGGGCACCUCAGGUCAUGACUGGCUCUCUGGGGGCACCUCAGGUCAUGACUGGCUCUCAGGGGGCACCUCAGGUCAUGACUGGCUCUCUGGGGGCACCUCAGGUGAUGACUGGCUCUCUGGGGGCACCUCAGGUCAUGACUGGCUCUCUGGGGGCACCUCAGGUCAUGACUGGCUCUCUGGGGGCACCUCAGGUCAUGACUGGCUCUCUGGGGGCACCUCAGGUCAUGACUGUCUCUCUGGGGGCACCUCAGGUCAUGACUGGCUCUCUGGGGGCACCUCAGGUCAUGACUGGCUCUCUGGGGGCACCUCAGGUCAUGACUGGCUCUCUGGGGGCACCUCAGGUCAUGACUGGCUCUCUGGGGGCACCUCAGGUCAUGACUGGCUCUCUGGGGGCACCUCAGGUCAUGACUGGCUCUCUGGGGGCACCUCAGGUCAUGACUGGCUCUCUGGGGGCACCUCAGGUCAUGACUGGCUCUCUGGGGGCACCUCAGGUCAUGACUGUCUCUCUGGGGGCACCUCAGGUCAUGACUGGCUCUCUGGGGGCACCUCAGGUCAUGACUGGCUCUCUGGGGGCACCUCAGGUCAUGACUGUCUCUCUGGGGGCACCUCAGGUCAUGACUGGCUCUCUGGGGGCACCUCAGGUCAUGACUGGCUCUCUGGGGGCACCUCAGGUCAUGACUCUCUCUCUGGGGGCACCUCAGGUGAUGACUGGCUCUCUGGGGGCACCUCAGAUGAUGACUGGCUCUCUGGGGGCACCUCAGGUGAUGACUGGCUCUCUGGGGGCACCUCAGGUCAUGACUGGCUCUCUGGGGGCACCUCAGGUGAUGACUGGCUCUCUGGGGGCACCUCAGGUGAUGACUGUCUCUCUGGGGGCACCUCAGGUCAUGACUGGCUCUCUGGGGGCACCUCAGGUGAUGACUGGCUCUCUGGGGCUACCUCAGGUGAUGACUGGCUCUCUGGGGGCACCUCAGGUGAUGACUGGCUCUCUGGGGGCACCUCAGGUGAUGACUGUCUCUCUGGGGGCACCUCAGGUCAUGACUGGCUCUCUGGGGGCACCUCAGGUGAUGACUGGCUCUCUGGGGGCACCUCAGGUUAUGACUGGCUCUCUGGGGGCACCUCCGGUGAUGACUGGCUCUCUGGGGGCACCUCAGGUGAUGACUGGCUCUCUGGGGGCACCUCAGGUCAUGACUGGCUCUCUGGGGGCACCUCAGGUCAUGACUGGCUGUCUGGGGGCACCUCAGGUGAUGACUGGCUCUCUGGGGGCACCUCAGGUGAUGACUGGCUCUCUGGGGGCACCUCAGGUGAUGACUGGCUCUCUGGGGGCACCUCAGGUGAUGACUGGCUCUCUGGGGGCACCUCAGGUGAUGACUGGCUCUCUGGGGGCACCUCAGGUGAUGACUGGCUCUCUGGGGGCACCUCCGGUGAUGACUGGCUCUCUGGGGGCACCUCAGGUGAUGACUGGCUCUCUGGGGGCACCUCAGGUGAUGACUGGCUCUCUGGGGGCACCUCAGGUCAUGACUGGCUCUCUGGGGGCACCUCAGGUCAUGACUGGCUGUCUGGGGGCACCUCAGGUGAUGACUGGCUCUCUGGGGGCACCUCAGGUGAUGACUGGCUCUCUGGGGGCACCUCAGGUGAUGACUGGCUCUCUGGGGGCACCUCAGGUGAUGACUGGCUCUCUGGGGGCACCUCAGGUGAUGACUGGCUCUCUGGGGGCACCUCAGGUGAUGACUGGCUCUCUGGGGGCACCUCAGGUGAUGACUGGCUCUCUGGGGGCACCUCAGGUGAUGACUGGCUCUCUGGGGGCACCUCAGGUCAUGACUGGCUCUCUGGGGGCACCUCAGGUGAUGACUGGCUCUCUGGGGGCACCUCAGGUCAUGACUGGCUCUCUGGGGGCACCUCAGGUGAUGACUGGCUCUCUGGGGGCACCUCAGGUGAUGACUGGCUCUCUGGGGGCACCUCAGGUGAUGACUGGCUCUCUGGGGGUACCUCAGGUGAUGACUGGCUGUCUGGGGGCACCUCAGGUGAUGACUGGCUCUCUGGGGGCACCUCAGGUGAUGACUGGCUCUCUGGGGGCACCUCAGGUGAUGACUGGCUCUCUGGGGGCACCUCAGGUGAUGACUGGCUCUCUGGGGGCACCUCAGGUGAUGACUGGCUCUCUGGGGGCACCUCAGGUGAUGACUGGCUCUCUUGGGGCACCUCAGGUCAUGACUGGCUCUCUGGGGGUACCUCUGGUGAUGACUGGCUGUCUUGGGGCACCGCGAUGUUUAAGCUCCACACAAUUCUCCAAGUUGUCUUGCAAAAUAACUUUUGGAAAGGAAAUAACGAGGCAUGGAGUACAUACCCAACAUGGGCGAGUCGGCGUGGGCAUCGUGCCAAAUUUAAAAAAAAAUCUGAUCAUCUGAUUGGCAACUCUGCGUCCUCUGGCACCCCAGAGACUGGCAACACUGCGUCCUCUGGCACCCCAGAGACUGGCAACACUGCGUCCUCUGGCACCCCAGAGACUGGCAACACUGCAUCCUCUGGCACCCCUGAGACUGGCAACACUGCAUCCUCUGGCACCCCAGAGACUGGCAACUCUGCGUCCUCUGGCACCCCAGAGACUGGCAACUCUGCGUCCUCUGGCACCCCAGAGACUGGCAACUCUGCGUCCUCUGGCACCCCAGAGACUGGCAACUCUGCGUCCUCUGGCACCCCAGAGACUGGCAACACUGCGUCCUCUGGCACCCCAGAGACUGGCAACACUGCAUCCUCUGGCACCCCAGAGACUGGCAACACUGCGUCCUCUGGCUCCCCAGAGACUGGCAACACUGCGUCCUCUGGCACCCCAGAGACUGGCAACACUGCGUCCUCUGGCACCCCAGAGACUGGCAACACUGCGUCCUCUGGCACCCCAGAGACUGGCAACACUGCGUCCUCUGGCACCCCAGAGACUGGCAACACUGCCAGGAACACCGCUCAAUGCACAACAAACAACAGUUUCAAUUCACGGGUCGUUCGCUCGUUACAACUGUCAACAAAACAAUCCGACCAUUACCCUGCCCAUUAA